UUUGACAAUCAACAAAUUGCGCGUGUUGCUGAGAGUGAAUUUUCUUGUGAAUUAAAGUUAAAAUGCUGAAAAGACCGAAGCCUUCGGAUUCUGAAAAGGACAUCCUACAGUUCCAGAAUGAAUAUUUGAGUGAGAAGCGUCAGAAUGCUUCAUUUCAACCGUCUGCAAAAUGCGUUCGAGUUGGAGAGUCAUCAAGCACGAGCUCAGAUUCAGGGAAGAAGCAAUCACUCUUCGCCAGGUCGAGGAACAAGGAAACCCAGGACAAAAGCGCAGAAAGUGACAAUAAGCCCAACGCCUUUGUAUUGGGAGAUAUUGUGGAAAGACAUCCGGAAAGCCAAUCUGGUGCAAGAAGUGAUGAACCAAUGGUCGAAGAAUCAUUCCCAAAGACAGAGAAAAUCGACAUACACACUAAGAGCGUGGGUAAGAGCAUUUUUGCAAAGUUACAAGAGAAGAAAGCGAAGAACACUUCUCCAGAAAGCAGCAAAACAGAGAAGAUUCCAUGCUUUGGGGAGAAAAGUUAUAUCGUCACUGGAUCAGAAUCCUCCACAAUCCAUGAAGAAAACAUCCGAACAUUGUCACAAAUGUCCAAAGAAGAGAUUGAGGAAGAGAGAGAGAAAUUGAUGAGAACGAUUGACCCAAAAUUGCUGGAUUUCAUUCGAUCCAAGAGGCAGAAACCUGAACCUAUGGAAGUGGAUGAGAUUUCUGUGCCUUCAACAUCUGCAGAAUCCAAAGACAGAAUGGAAGUUCCCGAUGUGGACAUUCUGCAAUCUGAUGAGAGGAAGAAUUGGGUUAAUUUUGACAAAUUCGAGGCGGAUAAAUUCCAAUGGAUGCAGAAUGUUCCGAAGAACAUCCCAAAGCUGAAACCAGGAGAAACAUUUGAGGCCCGAUUUGACUGGAAGGGAAUUCUCUUGCCCUAUGUGGAGAAGGAUGAAAACAGCACGGAUAAUCGGGAACUUUAUCUGCAUGGCGAGGACCCUUUUCGACCGGGAUACACUAUUCAGGAGCUCUUCAGACUCGCCAGAUCGAAUGUCAUGCAGCAGAGAAUUCAAGCGCUGGGCGCAAUUGCCGGAAUUGUUCGGAUCUACAACCAGGGAUUCUACGAUGAGAUCUCAGAUCUUCCUAUCAGCAAAAUCUUCUUCCUCUUGCGCUUCGCUCUUGAUGAUUCCACAGCUUCUGUAGCUGAGGCUGCACUGGUGGGACUCUCUGCACUCCUCUACAAUGAAAUCGACGAAUUGCUCCUGGACACAGUGUUUGAAACUCAACUGGGCAUUGUCCAGCCAGUGACUAGAGGAACAGAGUCUGCGGAUUUGGAGAAGAACUUCUCAAAGCUCAAGUUAAACAGCUCAGAUAUGGACGAGGACAUGAGUAACAUUGAGCAAAUGAAUGAUUUCCACUUGGCCGAAGUGGAUUUGCUCAAGUGCCUGAUGAGGACGAACAUUCUGAAGAGAAUUCACUAUCUUCUCGCCAAUGAAAUGGUUUCUGGCACAGGAGUUGUCGCACUGACUCGCAUUCUCAUUCGGAUUUGUCGAGAGGGAAGAGGCUUCGUGCGAGAAAUGCUGGAUCAUCAUGAGAUCUUAACUGCUUUGAGAACGUCUUACCUCACUGAAUUACCGCGCAUUCCCAUGGAUAGUGGAAAGGUGCAGGCCACAAUACUAAAACUCUUCAGAGUGAUUGUGGCAACAGAGAAUUCCUGGGCAAUCCUGCAGAAAUUCGAUAUGAAAGAUGUUCUCCUGGAAUAUUGCUGCAAUCGUCGAGAUUUGACUGCUGAUUUCAUUCAACUCCAGUUGGAAUCCUUCCGCUUACUGAGAGUUUGGCUAACCUUUGAUCCUCUCAAACCCAGAAUAAGUGACUUUGUUGAUGCCAUUCAAACCAAUCUCGAGUGGAACUUCCAAUUCAUGCCAUUCACUGAUGGAUCUCAAUUGAUGAGGCAUCAUGCAGCAGUUCUUCUGGCCACUCUCAACCAUCCAACGUUCGAGUGGACGCCGCAACGCUUUUCCCAACUCUCACACUGCCUCAAGAAGUGGACAGCGCUCUUCACGCAGAGUAAAACCUCUGACUUCUCCCACAACAUCCUCUUGACGACCUGUUUUGAGCUUGUCUUGCAACAAUCCCCACAAGUUGUCGAGGAGUUUAUGUUGGACUACUUCCAGAAGUUCCUGAUCAGUGACAAGCACAUUAAUCUGUGGAGGGAUUUAAUCGCUACAUCCUCUCUCAUCCAUCCCCACAGAGACCGAAGCAAAGCCUUCGAAGCGCUCUCCAAUCUUGGAGGAGUUGCCUUUAAGGAACACUCUGACGAACCUCAGCUCCAAUUGCCCUUCAACUUCCCAGGAACUGUUCUACUUAGUGUGGUAGAAGUAUGCCGGAAAUUUGGUAAAGGUGUGACACUGAAAUGGAAUGUCCAGAAGAACGUGGAAGAGUAUUUCACGAACAUUGUGGACGCAAAGUUGAAAAAUGAAGUGAAUUGGUAUUGUCGACAUGAAAUUCAACUCCUGCUCGUGCUUCUGAAAAUGGAUCUCUGCGACAAGGACCUGACUCUAAAAACAGCCAUGAAGGUCCUGAAGCUUCUCAAGGGAGAGGAAAAUAUUUCCAACGUGAAGGACCUCUUUAUCAACAUAAUCUUCAAUAGUCAUUUUUACAGCAGUUCUGCUGUCACUCAAAUUGAUCACUUCCUUUGGAAUAUCGUCUAUUGGAAGUUUUAUUCGCUGAACUUUGGAGAGUUGGAAAUUACAUCAAAGUUUCCGCUUUCAUCAAGCAAUUGGAAGAAAAAUUUGCUGCCGGAUAAUUGGCCCUUGGCUAUGCUGACAAUCUUCCUCGAGCAGCACACUUCAGAGACAAUGCCACUGUUUGUCAUUAAUCCACAAGUUCAAGAUGAAAUUCUCACCGCUUCAUUGGGAUUCCUGGGACUCUUGGAGGAAAACUGUCUGAUUCCAGUAACUCCAUCAGAAGAGUACAUGUUCCUGAUGAUGCCAUUCCUCAGCAUCGAGUGUCGCUUUCUGGAAAGCGCGAUUAAAGAGCGGUUGGGGAACAGAAUCUCCAGUCUUUUCGCGAGGAGUCCGACGUUCAAGUUCACGCUGAAGCUUCAGGAGAAGCAUGACUUCGAGAGCAUCUACACAAUCUUUCUGAACCAGUUUCAGAGCUCUAGCUAUGGCGAUGAUCUCUUCAGUGCCAUGGUUCUUGUGCCUCUGGCGCAGAAAUACGACGCCAAGUGGAGAAAAAUGGUCUGGUCAGAACAUAUUGCGGUCCUGCGCUUCAUCACCUGCUCAGAAGAUCAACUCUGCGGUGGCUCAAUUCAACCCUAUCUGGAGCCUCAUGAGAAAGACACAUCUGUGCUGAAACUCUACAAUCAGGCUCUCAAUUCGAACUGCCUGAGGAAGGAAUCGAUUCCCUACAGAAUUGCAGAGCACCAUCUAAAAUGCAAGCGGGAUUCCUAAUCUUGUCUGUCAAGAUUUCUUUCAUCGCCAUCUCACCUGAACUUCUGUGGACAUUUCGAAUUAUAAUUCAUUGAAAUUGAAAUGGAGAAACUGAGAGAAGUUUGUUUAAAUUAAAAUUUGAAAUAUCUCUGAA